AUGUCAUUAAUUGAAAUUGAUUUUCACAGAUGGAAUCUUGCAAUGUCUGCAGAUGUGCACAGCAUGAUAAGGGAUAGGAAUGGAGAGCAUGGGUGUAAUGAGGAUUUCGACGAUGCAUGUGAUGUCGGUGCCGCAGACAUUGUAUCUGAUGAGGAUGCAUCAGACUACGGUAACGUUAUCAGAUUGAGUGACCAACAGAUAAUGACAAAGGUGUUUCGGAGUGAGGAACGUGCCGAUGAAUUUUAUUGUAAAUUUGGAAGAUGUCAUGGAUUCGGUGUGCGCAAGGGAGAUUAUGGCAAGGAUGACCAUGGAAAUUUGAUACGAAGAAGAUUCUUUUGCAAUAGGGUAGGAUUGAGAGAUGAAAAAUACCUUCAUAGAUUGGAUAGACAAAGGGGUCACCGACCUGAAACACUGACUAAUUGUAUGGCGAAGUUGUCGAUUUACCUAGAUAGGGAAAACUCAGUAUGGAAGGUUCGAAAAGUUAUCUUGGAGCAUAAUCAUGAGUUGACACCGCGAGUAAUGGUGCACAUGAUUCCAAAAUUUCGUCAGAUGUCAAAUGCUGCAAAGGCACACACAGACGGCAUGCAUGGGUAUGGUGUACCUAUGUCUAAGAUUCUCGGCUAUAUGGCUGGGAUUGCCGGAGGAUAUUCUUUGUUGGGGUUUACGAAAAAAGAUGCAUAUAACUACAUCGACAAGAUGCGUUGUUCAAAGAUUACUGAUGGUGACUCAAAUGCUGCCAUUGUAUACCUAGAGGGAAAGGUGGCAGCCGAUCCAAUGGCGAUGGCUAGGUUUAACUUAACAGAGGAUGGUAUGUUAGCGAAUAUGUUCUGGGCUGAUGGAAUUAGUAGAGUCGACUACCAGUACUUCGGAGACGUCAUUGCUUUUGACUCGACAUACAAAAAGAAUAAAUACAAUAGACCUUUGGUGAUAUUCUCCGGCUUAAACAACCACAAGCAAACUACGAUAUUUGGUUUUGGAUUGGUUCUAAAUGAAACUAUUGCAUCAUACACAUGGAUGUUGGAGAAUUUGUUGGAGGUUAUGUGUAAUAAACCUCCGUCCGUUGUCGUAACCGAUGGGGACGAUACAAUGAUUGCAACAGUGAAAAAGGUUUUUUCUGAAGCCACCCACCGGUUGUGUGCAUGGCAUUUGCAGAAGAAUGUUACUUCAAAUGGAAGUGAGCAAAUGUUUCGUGAAAUAUUCUCUAAGUGGCUAUAUGCGGACAUGGAGGUUGACGAGUUUGAGUUCCAAUGGGAUCAAGCUGUUGGCGAGUACGGUUUACACCAAAAAUGUUGGGCAACACAGAUGUAUGAAAAGAGGCACAUGUGGUAUUGUGAACCAUGUGCAAAAUAUAUGGAGUUGGUGGUCUGUGAAUACCGUAACAAAGAGUUGGUUGCACAGUUCACUUCGAUGUACAGUACUCCAGUCUUCACAACAUGUUUGGAUCCUAUUGAGAAGUGUGCUGCAGCUGUUUACACUAGAGCAAUAUUUAUGCAAGUUAAGAGAGAGAUUGAUGGUAUAUGA